CAAUAAAGUACGCUAUUAAUGUGUGUAAUUGCGUAUGUUGUGUAACGUCAUCUUUAACGUAAAAUCUUGUGAUGUCAAUUUGAGAAAACACUUCAUAGCGUGAUUUCUAUACUCUCGUUUAAUUAGAGGAAGUUUCAAUCAUGGCAUAUCCGGACACGAUGUAUGGCUCCACUGCUUCUGGAUCUCAGAUAAAUCCCGACAUUGAGCGAUGGUUCUCCACAGUGGACAAAGACAGGAGCGGGCGAAUAACAGCCACAGAAUUGCAAUCGGUAUUAGCAAAUGGUCAAGGUGGUACUUUCUCUGACACAGCAUGCAAAUUGAUGAUCGGUAUGUUCGAUAAGGAAAAGAACGGCACGAUAGAUGUAUCAGAAUUUCAAGCUCUCUUUAAUUAUGUGAACUCCUGGCUGGGUGUUUUUCGUGGCUUUGACCAUGACAACUCUGGCAGUAUACAGGAGAACGAAUUAAAUGCAGCUUUAACACAAAUGGGUUACAAACUCAGUCCAGAAUUCAUCCAGUUUCUUAUAAAAAAGAGUGAUCUCCGUGGUCACCAGUCCAUCACCAUUGAUCAAUUUAUAGUAUUGUGUGUUCAAAUACAAAGAUUUACAGAGGCAUUUAGAACAAGAGACACAAAUCAAACUGGAACAAUUACCAUCGCAUUCGAGGAUUUCUUGGGAGUGGCUCUUAGUUGCAGUAUUUAAUAUCAGCAUAUUUUAAUAACAAAAUUGCUAAAACACUCUUUAUUGCCUAUAAACACGGAAGAAUUGUUGUAGAUAUAGUCGUAGAUAUUGUGCACGUCGCAAAUGGUAUUUUUCUAUCUCAGGAAAUAAUGCAAAGGAUAUAGAUUUACAUAUAUAACAUAUUCAGGCCUAUGUAAUCUACUCAAACUUAGAAAUUUCUGUCCAGUUUUUAUAUUUCGUGGCAUAUAUAGCUAAGUUCUUUUAUUUAGGUUUAGUUUUAUAAUUUAAUUAUGUAAUAUUCUUUUUAAAUAAGAUAUAUUUGUUAAUAAAUAUAAGCGCUUAAACUGUAUCUUGCCGAUUCCACCGAUACGCUGUUAGUACCUCAAAUGACAAUGAAGUAUGUUCAUCUUACAUCCGUAUGAUGACAGAAAGUAUAGUUAUCAAUAUGUUAAAACCAAGAUAAAUAUCACAUGACAAUGUUUAAUGUAAUAUAUAUUAUAUCAUGUAAUAUUUUUUAUUGUACAAUGUCCCAUGAGUGAACUUGUGCAUUAAAGUGCAUUAUAUAAAAAGGGAACGGCACGAUUGUCCGCAUUAUACCAUUAUUAUAUUAAUUUUUACCAGUCAUCUGCGAUAUCUAACAUAUUUGUAUUACACCAUUUUGAUAGAAAUUAUUUUAUUCCAGGAGUAUGUAAGUAAAAAUUUCUUUGAUUCAGAUACGCUGAGAGAAGCACGGAAGACUUUUCGAACUUGUGGGACUACAAUGUUCUGUUGUACCACGUGAAACGAGCCCAAGAGAGAAUACAAGAAUUCGAUCGAUUACGAAGAGCAAGACAUCUUCUAGAUGCUAUUUCGCUAGUGAACGAUUUGCUUGCCGACGAUUCCGAGAUAGAGAUACUAACACUCGCCGGCAUAAUAGUAAGGAGAUUAAACAAGUUAGGUGUAACGAACGUAAGUGCAGACAGAGAAGAUGGUACGUACUUUACGCUAUAUUUUGCAUUUCUCUUAUGAAAAACAGUAGCAAAGUUAUAUUUUGCCGCAGAACGUUGGUGUAGAAACGCGAAAUUAUCAGCUGCAAGACUCACACACAGUGGUAUUUACCACUGCUGCACAUUUUGCUCCAGCGGCGGCAAAAAAGAAAUAACCUGUGGUUGCAGAGGCACCAUGCCUGGUGGAUACAGAGGUUGCGGCCAUGGACACGUUGGACAUCCGGGUGUUAACCAUUGGUCUUGCUGUGGAUCCAUAUUGCGCAACGGACGUUGCUUAAUCACGCGAAAAUCCAUACAUCAACUUACGCUUCGAAGAAAUAGCUGCAUGAUACAGCAACGAUGAUGGACUUGUAUUGAACGUUUAAGGAAGAAUGUCUUGAGGAAGAAGGAUGCUGGUGUUAUGGGCUACACUUUUAUAUUUAAGUUACAUUAAUAUUAAUUAUAAAUAUUCGCAAGAUACUUAACUAAACCUGGACAAAAUACGUUCUAACUUACAUUUUGAAUCUUUGGAAUGUAUAAUGUUUUGUACCUCAAAUGACAAUUAUAUCGUAACAUUUGUUUAUUUACGUUCACUUGCUCGUUACUUUCGUAUUGAUCACAUGACGAUUAUGUACCUUAGUACGAAGAUAUUAAGAUAAAAUUUUCGUGGUCCCAUGUAUUAAAAUGUACUAAAAUGUUAUACUUUAGCUGUACGCGACUAAAGUAAAAAUGUAUAAACUUUUGGAAUAUUGUAUGGCUCCAUAGUCAUACAAUAUUCCAAAAGUUCGUCCAAAUUAUAAUUUCCAGUUUACAACAUAUAAAACUAAAACGUAUGUACCUGUAGGACUUUGCUAGGUUCUGCGAUUCCUCGAAGGCGUUAUUAGAAAAUACAUCGUAAUCGUACUGAGUCAACAGAUUAUUUAAGACCAUUCUCGCCCUUUGCAACAUCGUUGUCAAAUAGACGCUGGCUCGUUUUCCCACUCCGACAGCGUCUUCGCUAGCGUGUCCUCGAUGUUGUAUACUCCACAUGCAUUCCUUACACGUCACCUGGAAAUCGUACACUUAAUGCUUACUCCACAUGUUAUUCGAGUUAAAAAGUUAUCAAGUAUAUCUCUGUACGUCAUGUUUUCGAUACUGUUAUGUGCGUUAAAAGAGAAGAGUCUCGUUAAACCUGCUGACACGCGAUGCAAUAAAAUCUCAAGGCGUGUAUUGGGUGCGUCUGGCACAGAAUCGUCCGUCGUACUUUGGUAGCCUCCCACAGUGGCCUCAUUAAAUGAUUCGUUGUUCUCGCUUCUGUAAUAUUCUGUUGUUCAUGUUGUCUGCCGCACUCCGAGCAAAAAUUACGUAAACACGUAGAACACUGUAUAAGCGCCUUAAAAAAGAAAGUUAAUGUUCAUAGAAUAUUUCUACAAUUCUGCAAUUCACGCUUUUUUAUAUUCUAUUUCAAAAAUAUAUAUAUUUUUUUAAUAAGAUCAUGUUUCUUCAGACACGGCAAGAUAAAAAGAUUGCAAACAACGACGACGACCAAGUAUCGAUAUACUCGAUUGUUUUACCGGAACCUCAGCAGCGCAGGUAUCACAGAGUACCCUGUUGACCAAUUUGCGUCGCACAGUGUCCAUGACUAAACGAUGUUGCAAAGGAUAAUGCGGCGGCGGUAUCGAAGAGUUCACGCCCGGCAAGUACGAGUCGCAUAACGGACACGUUUCGCGAAAGCUGAUCGUCGUUGCAUACGUUCGACUGUAGUCUCGUGUAUCGCUGCCCAGAGGAACGUAGGAAGCUGCAAACACACAGAGUUCCGUUCACGUUAAUACGUCUUUCUCGACUGAUCAAAUCUGUCAUCACAUUUUCUAGUGAAAUCGAGUUUCGCUACAAUUGCAAUAACUGAUUGUCAUUGAUCAUUGGAUAAAAUUUUUCGUUUCCAACAUGAAAAGUAUACGACAACCCGCAGCUACUUACGCCUGCUUAUCAAUUCGUAGACGCACGACAAACAUAUAGGAUGUAAGCAAGGAAGAAGUCUAGGCUCCUCCAUCCUCCGACCACAGCGGGGACACUGGAAAUUCGCAUCGUACGAUAAUCUGUACGGGGAGCGCAUUACCUCUCUUGGCGACGCUUCGUCGACUUCGCCGCUCAUUUUGUGAGUCAAAACGGGCGAAGGCUGAUGCGUCAAGAUCUUGGAGUUCGUAGACCAAGAAGCCGCUUUCUUUCUGGGAUCUUCAUUGCUGGGAAGUGAUUAGAAUCGCUUAUGUUACACAUUGCAAGAAAGUAAUGCUCUCCUGGUUUUUCUAUUUUUAAUGUACUUUACGAAUUAAUGCGUGUCAGCAGAUUUAACGAAACUCUUCUCUUUUAACGCACAUAACAGUAUCAAAAACGAAACGUACACAGAUACUUGAUAACUUCUUGCUCGCAUAUAUAAUGCAAUUAAUAAUAAAUUGCAAUUUUAAUUCGAGUGAUUUUCUUUUUUCUGCAUAUUGAACAUCACUCACCGUUUGUUUGUAGAUCCUAUCGUUCCUGGUUCGACGUUAACGGGAAACUCCUCUUUAUUUAUACCUUUGCUGUUGCACUCGACCAAACUCGCGUAGAUAUGAUCACAACUUCCGAGCUCGCUAUCCAUUCCAGUCUCACGACCGCAGCAACUCUUCGAGGCUCGUUUUGCCGAACAGUUCGCAAAAUCCAUCGAUUGUGACACGCUGCAAAGUGAAUGUCAAUGAGAGUACGAUAAAACGAUACAUAUAUCAAAAUCACACCAACGACUUACCGAAAACGAAGGAAUAGUUAUUGGAAGACGCGCAUAUGGAUCAGCGGGUUGCUUGAAGGCUUCCAACUACUCGAAACUCGUUCAUUACAGCACAGCGGGUUAAAAAUAACACCGAAACACAGGCUACGAGCCAAACGCGCGUGGAACUUGCCUUGAAUCAUGAAACGUUCACCGCUCACGCGGAGUCGUCACUUUGAUACUUGCAUUUCUCAUUCAGCGCAUUAUACAAAGAUUUGCUGUUACUUCUUACGUGUGAAUGCGAUGUUUACUGGCGCAGAAUCAUGGCAAGAACAAAAUACUCUAUAUCUAUGAAUCAAUGAAAAAAAAGAACUUUUCUUCAACUAGUUUCUGGAUAGGAACUUUUUCUGGAUAGGAUUUUUAAAACUUGAAAAAUUACUCAUUAGACAGGAAUUAUAUGUAAAUCGUGUGAAGUCGAAGACUUUAUAACGAUAUUAAUUCGCAAUUAUGUUCCAUAUUUGAUUAAACAGGCGUGUAAGAGAUACGUAUGGAUAGCAAAUUUUAUUCAGUAUCCAUAUAGUGUAAAAAUAAGAUCGACAAUGUACAUAUUAAAGAGUAAGCAGUACAUAUAAACGA